AUGGAGGCUCCUCCUACCCUAUAUAUUGCCCUGCCGGUCACCAAGCGGUUUCAAUGCCCUGUUUGUCGAGAAUCGGGUGUGUUAACAAUCAGAAAGCGGGAGGGACUAAAACGGCACCUCACUCAAGACCAUGGGCCGGGAUGGGAGCUCUCGUAUGUGUGCUGCGAUAUCGAAUUUAGUUGUCGUGAGCACAAGUACUCUCUCAAGAGAGCAAAGGCCCAUUUUGAGGAGCAGCACCAGGGAACACCAUUUGAGGUGGGGGAUGAGGACGAGUUGGGGAUCGCCUCAACAUCCUUUGACGGCCUGCAGGACCUCAUUUUGCGGGUCGCCACCCCUGCUCGUCCUACACAGGAGUCUCAGACUUCACCUGCCCCUACAUCUUCAUCAUCAUCUUCCCCUGAGUCGCCGCCCACCCUCCAGCGGGCUGGAUCAGCCGCGGCAAGAGCGCGGAAUGCCCUGAGACGUCGCCGUCUGCCAAGGGAUCGGGAUUUGACCCCUCCCAGGGUCCCCUUAGACCACCCUCCACCUGCUGGACUACCUUCUCCGCCCUCUCCGCCGCCGCCUCUGCCUUCACCGGUUCAUCCGCCCUUGGCACCGCCUCCACCUUCGCCGGAGCCUUCGCCCGGCCGCCCUCCUUUGCCAGACCCCCCGCCAUCUCCGGCAACGCCCUGCCACGGAGCCAUGCCGCUUGGCCAUCGCUCACCUGGAGCUCCAGACCCUCCACCUGAUCCUCCGUCGCCUGGGUUACCUCCUGGCUCUCCUGCUGAGCUUCCUGACCAUCUCACAGCUUGGCAGCGUCAGUGGCUGCCCCGAUUCAUCCCGGGGACCCCAUGGGACGAGUUCAUCGUCGCUCUGGAUGAGAUGACGGCUUCACUCUCGACGGCGCCGCAGCCCACAAAUCGUCCUAGGCUUCCUCGUCGCCGUGCUGCUGCUGCACCGCGUGACAAUCGCCGGGACGUCAGGGAGGCCGCAAGGCUCCAGCGCCUCUACCGACGGGCUCCUCGGAAAGCGAUGAGGGAAGUUCUGGGCUCCUCAUCGCCAUUUUGCUCCAUCCCUGAGGAGGCCAUUAAGCGACACUUUGAGGCUUCCUAUUCCUCAAGAGAUGGAUGUGCCGGUGUCCCUCCGCCGAAUUGCCUGGUCCCUCCCGCUCUGCACCCCCCUCCACUGCUUGACUCUGCACUACCUGAGGAGGUUUCUCUCCUGCUGAGGAGGGCCUCUAAUACGGCUCCUGGCCCUGAUGGGGUCCGCUACAACGUGUGGCGCCGUAGAGACCCGAUAGGACAUGUGCUGGCGGCUGUAUUCAACCUCUGCAUCGCCGCCAGACGAUUCCCACCAUCCUGGAAGUCCUCCUCUACGGUGCUAAUACACAAGAAGGACAACCCUGGCGACAUCAACAACUGGCGUCCCAUCGCCCUCUCCAACACUGCGGGGAAGCUCCUCUGCAGUCUCCUGGCGGAUCGUCUUUCCAGGUGGGCCUCCGACAACAACCUCAUUUCUGGGGCUCAGAAGGGGUUCACCCCAGCGGAGGGCUGCCUGGAACAUAAUUUCAUCCUCCAGGAACUCCUCGAUGACGCAAGGCGGCGUGGGAGCGAGCUCUGCGUGGCGUGGUUGGACCUCGCCAACGCCUUCGGCAGUGUCCCCCACUCCGCCCUCCUCGCCGCGCUCCGUUCUGCGGGGCUGUCGCAAGACCAGCUGCGAUUCAUCGAGGACUUAUACCAGGGGAGCUCUAUAUGA